AUGUACAGUCUCAUCAUCACUGCAGCCUUGCCAAUUACAACCAACGCAACACACGACGAGUGUGCAAUCUCUAUCAUCCGCAAUGUGAUAGAUAUGCUUCGAAAGGCAUGUCUCAAGCCGGAGGUAAUCCCUGAAAAAUUGUUGAAGCAUCUGCCCGAUGUUAGGACGACAGAGGGAAUGAAGGACGUCCUCGUCCUCUGCAUUGUAGGCAGGAUUCUUCCAGUCCUGUUUUGCAGGAUCACCUAUAAGGAGGAGGAGCUUGACGCCAUCUCCCUCAACACCGCCAAGUUGGUCCGAUAG